AUGGAGGGAGAUUCUGUUACUCUACACACUGAUAUUACUGAAAUACAGGAGGACGAUGUGAUCGACUGGAUGUUUGGUGUUGAGAGUCCAGAUGAGAUGAUAGCUGAAUAUAACAGAGAAGCAAACACAACAUCAUUUAAUGAUGAAAGAUUCAAGAAUCAUUUAGAUGUGAAUCAUCAGACUGGAGAUCUCAUCAUCAUAAACAUCACAAACAAACACACUGGACUUUAUAGAGUAGAGAUCAACAGACAACCUUCUGUCAUCUUCAGACACUUUAAUUUUACUGUUUAUGCUCGUCUGCCGGUUCCUGUAAUCUCCAGUAACUCAUCACAAUGUUCUUCUUCUUCAUCAUCAUCAAACUGUUCAUUAUUGUGUUCAGUGUUGAAUCUGAGAGAUGUGAGUCUGUCCUGGUACAAAGGAAACAGUUUAUUGUCCAGCAUCAGUGUGUCUAACCUUAAAACAAACGCUUCUCUUCAUCUGGAGGUUGAAUAUCAGGAUACAAACACAUACAGAUGUGUACUCAACAAUACCAACACAAACAAAACUCAACAUCUCAACAUCAAUGAUGUCUGUCAGACGUGUUCAGUUGUGUUUGGUGAUGAAGUAAAGUCGGUGAUGGAGGGAGAUUCUGUUACUCUUCAUACUAAUCUUACUGAACUACAGGAGGACGAUGAGAUUGAGUGGCUCUUUGGUGUUGAGAGUCCAGAUGAGAUGAUAGCUGAAUAUAAUAGAGAAGCAAACACAACAUCAUUUAAUGAUGAGAGAUUCAAGAAUCAUUUAUAUGUGAAUCAUCAGACUGGAGAUCUCAUCAUCACAAACAUCACAAACAAACACACUGGACUUUAUAAAGUAAAGAUCAUCACAAAUACUGUGAUCUUUAAACAAUUCAGUGUUACUGUCUAUGCUCGUCUGCCGGUUCCUGUCAUUAGCAGUAACUCAUCACAAUGUUCUUCAUCAUCAUCAUCAUGUGUGUUGUUGUGUUCAGUGUUGAAUGUGAGAGAUGCGAGUCUGUCCUGGUAUAAAGGAAACAGUUUAUUGUCCAUAAUCAGUGUGUCUGAUCUCAACAUCAGACUCUCUCUUCAUCUGGAGGUUGAAUAUCAGGAUACAAACACAUACAGAUGUGUACUCAACAAUACCAUCACAAAACAAACUCAACAUCUCAACAUCAAGAAUCUCUGUCAGACGUGUUCAGAUACACUUCUGAUCAUUCUGAUCUGUUGUGGUGUUGGAAGUCUGAUGAUUGUAGCUGGAGUUCUGUUCUUGAUCUACAGAAAACACAAACAAAGAAAUCAAGAAGAAACAGUUCAGACCGAUGAAGUGGAAAUCACUUAUGCAGAGCCAACCUUCUCUAAAAGAGCAGCACAUAAACGGGGCCUACAGAGAUCUUCAGCAGAGGAUGAUGUGGUGUAUGCUGGAGUAAUGAGACCAUGA